AGUGAGAACUGGGGAAUAGAUGGGCUCGGCACAACAACUUGCGCGCCGGACCUCGCGGACUCAAUGAAAUGAUUUUCCUGCGCACAUUCAAAGUGGACUAAAACAGCAACACGAUGAACACCUGCGCCUUUCUGUUGAUUUUGACUGUUCAGAUCUACGCCGAUGGCAUUGAGGGGCCAACAGCGGCCGGCUGCACCUUCGAUGAGGACUCAGACCCUAAUCUGUGUGACUUCACCCAGGGGGAGGAGGACGACUUUGACUGGCAGCUGUUCCGGACACACAGUUCACCUCAUGUCAGCUCUGACCUCCUGCGGGGAUCCUAUAUGCUGGUGAACUCCUCCCAGCAUGCCGCGGGCCAUCGUGCUCAGCUCUUACUCCAGACGCUGAGUGAGAAUGACACUCAUUGCGUUCAGUUCAGCUACUUCCUGUACAGUCGUGACGGCCACAGUCCAGGGGCCCUGAGGGCGUAUGUGCGAGUCAACAGUGGCCCGCUUGGCAGUCCAGUGUGGAAUGCAUCAGGUUCACACGGCAAACAGUGGCACCAGGUCGAGCUGGCUGUCAGCACCUUCUGGCCUAAUGAAUACCAGAUCCUGAUUGAGGCAACUGUUUCCAGGGAGCGGAGAGGCUACAUCGCCAUAGAUGACAUCAUGCUGCUCAACUAUCCCUGUUAUAAGGCGCCCCACUUCUCUAGGCUAGGAGAUGAGGAGGUCAACGCUGGGCAAAAUGCCACCUUCCAGUGUGUGGCUGCUGGAAGGGCAUCAGAGGCUGAGAAGUUCCUGCUGGAGCGGCACAGUGGGGAUGUAGCAUCAACAGCAUCGGUCAAGCACCUGAGUCACCGGCGCUUUGUGGCAUCCUUCCAGCUGGACAGCGUGCAGCGGGCGGAUCAGGACCUUUACCGCUGUGUCACCCAAUCCCCCAGGGGAUCUGGGGUCUCUAACUUUGCUGAGCUCAUCGUCAAAGUUCCCCCAUCCCCCAUUGCACCACCACAGCUGCUGCGAGCAGGUUCCACCUACCUGAUCAUCCAGCUCAACACCAACUCCAUCCUGGGAGAUGGCCCCAUUAUCAGGAAGGAGAUUGAGUACCGUGCCAGCCAGUCCCCGUGGUCAGAGGUGCAUGGAGUGAACAUGGUCACCUAUAAGCUGUGGCACCUGGAUCCAGACACAGAGUACCACAUCAGCGUGCUCUUGACCCGGCCUGGAGAAGGAGGCACUGGACCACCUGGACCACCGCUGGUGAGCAGGACCAAAUGUGCAGAGCCCAUGCGUGCGUUGCGGGGCCUCACAGCCACAGAUAUCCAGUCCAGGCAGUUGUCCCUGCAGUGGGAGAAUUUGGCGUUCAACCUGACACGCUGCCACACCUACUCAGUGUCCCUGUGCUAUCGCUAUGCCACAGCGGGAGGUGGUGGCGGCCACAACACCACCGUACGCGAGUGCCUGGCGGUAGAGCACAAUGCCUCGCGCUUCACGCUGCGUGACCUGCCUCCCUACCAUGGCAUCCAUGUCCGUCUAUCACUGGCUAACCCAGAAGGGAAGAAGGAGGGCAGAGAGGUCACCUUCCAGACGGAAGAGGAUAUCCCUGGAGGCAUAGCACCAGAGUCACUCACCUUCACCCCGCUGGAUGACAUGAUCUUCCUCAAGUGGGAGGAGCCUGUUGAGCCCAACGGCCUAAUAACUCAGUAUGAGAUCAGUUACCAGAGCAUCGAGUCGUCUGAUCCGGGCAUCAAUGUACCAGGACCCAGGAGAACGGUGUCCAAGCUGAAGAAUGAGACCUACCACAUGUUCUCCAACCUCCACCCUGGAACCACCUACCUAAUCUCCGUCCGAGCUCGUACAGCCAAGGGAUUUGGCCAGACUGCCCUCACCGAAAUCACCACCAACAUCUCCGAGGCAAAACUACUGCUCCCAGAGUCUCCCACGUUUGAUUACGGAGACAUGCCCUCCCCCCUGAGCGAGACAGAGAGCACCAUUACCGUCCUGCUUCGUCCUGCCCAAGGCAGAGGAGCACCUGUCAGUACAUAUCAGGUGGUCGUCGAAGAGGAGACUGCCAGGAAAGUGAAGAGGGAGCUGGGGCUUCAGGAGUGUUUCCCACUGCCCAUGUCCCACGGUGAGGCCCAGGCCCGCGGGACACCACACUACUACACAGCUGAGCUGCCGCCCAGCAGCCUUCCAGAGGCCAGUCCCUUCACUGUGGGGGACAAUCACACUUACAACGGCUACUGGAACACUCCUCUGGACCCACGCAAGAGCUACCUCGUCUACUUUCAGGCAAUGAGCAACUUCAGAGGGGAAUCCAGAAUAAACUGCAUCCGCAUUGCUCGCAAAGCGGCCUGCAAGGACCACCGCAAGGCUCUGGAGGUGUCUCAACACUCUGAGGAGAUGGGCCUGAUUCUGGGAGUGUGUGCCGGGGGUCUGGUGGUCCUCAUCCUCCUGCUGGGCGCUGUCAUCAUCAUCAUUAAGAAAGGAAGGGACUACUACUCUUACUCUUACUAUCCGAGACCAGUGAACAUGAAUAAGACACCCAUUACCUACCGGCAGGAGAAGAGCCAUAUGGGCUCUAUGGAGCGGAGUUUUACAGACCAGAGCACUCUACAGGAGGAUGAAAGAAUGGCUCUUUCCUUCAUGGAUGCACACACCUGCGGCACACGUAGCGAUGCUCGUAGUUCAGUGAAUGAGUCCAGCAGUCUGCUCGGAGGCUCCCCGAGGCACCAUUGUGGACGUAAAGGCUCCCCUUACCACACAGGGCAGCUCCACCCCGCUGUCCGAGUAGCUGAUCUGCUCCAGCACAUCAACCAGAUGAAGACUGCCGAGGGCUACGGCUUUAAACAGGAAUAUGAGAGCUUCUUUGAUGGCUGGGACUGCACCAAGAAGAAGGACAAAACCAAAGGGAGGCAUGACACUUUGAUGGGAUAUGACCGCCACAGAGUCAAGCUCCACCCUCUUUUGGGAGACCCCAACUCAGACUACAUAAAUGCCAACUACAUCGAUAUUCGGAUUAACAGGGAAGGCUACCAUCGAUCCAACCACUUCAUCGCCACUCAGGGACCCAAGCAGGAGACGCUGUACGACUUCUGGAGGAUGGUGUGGCAGGAAAACUGUUUCAGCAUCGUCAUGAUCACUAAACUCGUGGAGGUUGGCAGGGUGAAAUGCUGUAAAUACUGGCCUGAUGACAGCGAGAUGUACGGCGACAUCAAGAUCACUCUGCUGAAGACAGAGACACUGGCUGAAUACACAGUUCGCACCUUUGCCUUGGAGAGGAGAGGCUACUCAGCCAAGCACGAGGUGCGUCAGUUCCACUUCACAUCCUGGCCAGAGCACGGGGUGCCGUAUCACGCCACGGGUCUGCUGGCUUUUAUACGGAGAGUCAAAGCCUCCACACCCCCUGAUGCCGGCCCUGUGGUGGUCCACUGCAGCGUGGGAGCCGGCCGCACCGGCUGCUACAUCGUGCUGGAUGUCAUGUUGGACAUGGCCGAGUGUGAAGGUGUGGUGGACAUCUACAACUGUGUCAAAACGCUCUGCUCCCGACGCAUCAACAUGAUCCAGACAGAGGAGCAGUACAUCUUCAUCCAUGAUGCCAUUUUGGAGGCCUGUCUCUGUGGAGAGACCGCCAUCUUGGUGAAUGAGUUUGCCCUCACCUACAAAGAGAUGCUGCGAGUCGACUCCCAGAGUAAUUCCUCCCAGUUACGAGAAGAGUUUCAGACGCUAAACUCUGUGACCCCUCACCUUGAUGUGGAAGAGUGCAGCAUUGCUCUGCUACCCAGAAACCGGGAGAAGAACCGCAGCAUGGAUGUGCUGCCGCCUGACCGUGCCCUGGCCUUCCUGGUUACCACAGAAGGGGAGAGCAACAACUACAUCAACGCUGCUCUCACCGAUAGCUUCCACCGGCCGGCUGCGUUCAUUGUAACCCCUCACCCCCUCCCGGGCACCACGGCGGACUUUUGGAGGCUCGUUUUUGACUACGGCUGCACCGCAGUGGUCAUGCUCAACCAACUCAACCAGUCAAACUCUGCCUGGCCAUGUGUCCAGUACUGGCCAGAGCCCGGCUUACAGCAGUAUGGGCCAAUGGAAGUGGAGUUUCUGUCCAUGUCAGCAGAUGAAGAUGUCAUCACUCGUCUGUUUCGGGUCAAGAACGUCACAAGACUCCAAGAGGGCCAGCUGGUGGUGUGUCAGUUCCAGUUCCUGCGUUGGUCAGCAUAUCGCGACGUGCCUGAUUCCAAGAAGGCCUUCCUCAACCUGCUGGCUCAAGUGCACAAGUGGCAAAGGGAGUGUGGAGAGGGACGCACCGUUGUCCACUGCCUGAAUGGUGGUGGCCGCAGUGGGACCUUCUGUGCCUGCACCAUACUGCUUGAGAUGAUCCAGUACCAGAACAUGGUGGACGUCUUCUAUGCUGUCAAGACGCUACGCAAUUCCAAACCCAACAUGGUGGAGUCUCUGGACCAGUAUCGAUUUUGCUACGACCUCAUUCUGGAGUACUUGGACUGCUUUGAAGGGAGAUAGCAACAUGUUUAUCAUAGCUGAUGUAUCCCAUGCGUUGGUGAUUUUGUUUGGGGCCACGCAGUGACCAUCCGCUUUAAUGUUUGGACCUGUGGACUUUGGAUUUGGAAGGACAGCAAAGGAUGAAGAGGAAAAAAAAAAAAAACACAUGGUCAAGGUUCUUUUAACCUUUAAUGUACAGCUAUGAUUUCCUCCUUGGUGGUGAUGUUUAUCUCUUUUGAUAUUUUUUUGUGCUUUUUCCAGUCCUUGUUGCCUCUGGACUUAGAGCUCUUUUGUGCUAAGGAUUUCUGUAGCAGCAUUCUGGGCUGCAGUGGACCUGUUCUCUCUGAAGAAGGGUCACCUUGGUUUCGUUUCAUCCUUUCAUUCAAGGGGCUGGAUAUAUUUCCAGAGCUACAAAACAGCAUUAACUAUACACGGAAGCAUUUUCUUCUCUCUAAGAGCUACAACAACAGUUCACUGUGGAUGAGGCAAGACUUAUCUACCAUACCAUAAACUGCCUUAUUCUCCCCUGACAGGAGCUAUUGAUUCAAAUCACUGAACAAAUCUCAAAGGUCUUCAUACUGUACUAGUAAACAAGCAGCAACAGAGGUUUCAGCAACUUACCUACAACAUUAGGAUAUUCCAGCUCAGUCAUCAACAGUAUUGAUGCAUAAAAUGUACAGUAAAGCAGUGUGUUGUAUUUUGCCAUGUUUGUGUUGGGUUACCAUGUGUGCUAUACUGUAUAGGUGGAGGUUUCCAGGGACCACAUAGAGCACUGGGCCUGGUGCCGCCAUGGAAGUUUCCUGUCUCAUUAUUGUCACAGUGCCAAUCCCACUGACUGACUUGAAUCCUCUUCACCUUGUUCUACUGCUUCAUCUUGAUAUAUGCCUACAAACAUAUGUAAUGCAUCAGCUAAUGUUCUUGCUCCAAAGUGAUUGUUUGUAUUUUAUACCCAGUGGGAAAGUACAGGAGCAGAGAAACUGUCAGAAAAUGUACUGACAUGCCAUAGUAGUGGUGUGUGAAACAUGUUCCAUAAUGCUGUGGUGAAGUGUCCAAUCCAGUACUGUGUUACAGGUUUUAAGGCACUUUUAAUCUGUAACCCACUUACUCCUUUGUUGUCAAAAAGUGAAGCCUCUUCAUUUGGUUGCAAAUUGUAGAAGCAAGUUAAGCCAGUUGAAUUUUAUAAUAACCCUUUGAGGUUAAUUUUGACAAUUUUGACAUGAACGCUAGAUGUUGUGUGCUAGUGGCAUACAGUGAGUAAAAUGUAGAAAAAGAAUAAAAAUAAAAAGGGGCAUUAGCAGUGCGUCACCACUCACUAAUGGACUGUCUCUAUUGAACACAUUGGUGUUUUCACACUGGUGGUCAUUUUUAUUAUAAAAUAAAAUUGAUAAGAUAUUUUUAGUGGCGAGAAGCAGUAAGACAUUGCCUACUGGCCCUGCUGUUCAGUAUUAGAAACUUGGCAAGCGAAGAAGCCUAUUUUCCACUUUCUGGCCAAUGUCUGGAGACUUUUGUGACUUACUGAAACUGUUAAUGUCUGAAUCAAUGUAAACAACUCAUAGGCAGUUUGGCAUGUGUGAUCCACUGUACUGAUCUACAUCAGGACGGAAAAGGACCCUGACAUACCGGCAAGAAGCAAUCCUCUUCACAUUUUUUGUUUCAGAAACAAGACAAUGUGUAUGCCAGUCCACACUUAGUACCCAUCAAAAAAUGUUGUGUGCAGCCAUUUUUUUCUGACACUCCUUUAGGUGCAAAUGUUUGGGGUGUCUUAAGACGGGAAAGGUUUGACUUCAAGCAGAUGUUCUGAGACAGCCGCCCUCUCUCCUCCACCUUAAACCUGGAAGAUCCUGCCCUAAUAAACAGGGAGGGAGACCUUUAAAACCACAAAAAAACCCCCACCGAUAUGGCAGCUAGACAUGCAUACUCUGUCGCUGGUUU